AGCCGAUGUCUCUUAGAACCGGGAAAAAAAAUGUACGCUGGCUCUUCGCAUGUCUCCUCCUUCCGUCUUCCACGCAUUGUAACGGUGGGCUUUUCUGCCGCCUUUCUUCACCGCGACAUCGAAGCGCGAGUUCUUUGAGGUCUGCGCACGCGUGUGUGGACGGGCGCCGGACAAGACCAAGGCAGAGGCUCUACCACACACAGACACACACGCACGCACAUGUAUAAGUAAAAGCACAUACAACUGGGCACACACGUGAGAUCUCUCAACGCACCGCUAUGCUGCCAACCCACAGCGACUCGCUCACCAAUUCCUACGACAGCUCCGGCAGCGAGGGCGGGUGGGGAGAGCAGCAGCGAGGUCGUUUGACGGCGGCCGAUGAGCUGCGUGGACACCUCGAGGACUGUCUCGGCCUCUACCGCCCCCGUUUUCUCUGUCCAGACACCUCCGCGCAGUGCAUCCAAGAAUGGAAAGCGAGUACGCUGACCGAGUCGACCGAUGACGGCCGCAAAAUGAUUGGAGGGCCGCCUGCGCAACCACCUUCGGCAAACGCAUCCGCGUCUCCUUUGUGCGGUGACGGCGGCGAGGCGAGGGACGCAUUCGAUGUCUCUACCGUAGCAACGGUGUUGGUGCUGCGCGAUGGUGGCCGUGGGGCCACACCGGCCGCCCCGCUGGGCGUGGCCGUCUGCUUUCAGUACUGGACCGGCUUUACGCCGUACGCACAGCGGCCGUACACCUCUGUGGCGGAGGCCCGCGAGGAAUUGGGUAGGCUGGCAAGAGGGGAGUGGACCAUCGCAGAGAUGGUCCGCGGUGGGCAUGGAUGGACAUGCCUGGGGAGAGACGCGGAUACGAGUGCGCCGUCCACCGGCACUCCACACGAAGGGCUACGCGGUGCAGCACAACUCGCCGCGCACCGUGCCGAAGCAGCUACCUGUGACAACAACUGUGGGAGAGAAGAGGAGGAUAAUGAGGAGGAGACGAUUGCCUACGAGUCGCUCAUGUCGCUGCUGGUGCAUCGAUAUCUGUAG